AUGAGAUUUGAAGCACUCCCAUUUUGUAGGGCACUUAUAAGGUUUUGUUCGUUAGUAACAAAAGAAACCAGAUUCAGGCCUUCCUGUUUGUUUCCUCUACAUGAAAAAUCAGGUGCUGUUGAUCCCCAGUCAGGAAAGGACACCAAGAAAUCCAUUGUUCUAAGGAGAUUACUGAUUGGCAAUGAUGAAUAUGUCAGAAUCGGAAAUGGAAACCAGCUUAUUAGAGAUCCGAAGAAACUGAUUCGCUUCGUGGCAAGGGAGAAAAUAAGAUGGAGUUUGCACACUGCUAGAUUGCGGUUGGCUAGAAAACAACAAUACUGCCAGUUCUUCACAAGAUUUGGGAAAUGCAACAAGGACAAUGGAAAAUGUCCAUAUAUUCAUGAUCCUACUAAAGUUGCAGUCUGCAUGAAGUUCCUGAAAGGUUUAUGUAAACAUUAUACAAAUUGCAAUUUGACUCACAAGGUCAUUCCGGAAAGGAUGCAGGACUGUUCUUAUUUCUUGCAGGGAUUGUGUACCAACGAGAAUUGUCCAUAUAGGCAUGUAAAUGUGAACCCAGGUGCUCCAGUUUGUGAAGGAUUCCUCAGGGGAUAUUGUGCUGAUGGUGACAAGUGCCAUAAGAAGCAUAGCUAUGUAUGUCCAGUAUUUGAAGCGACAGGUAUCUGUCCUCAAGAGUCCAUGUGCAAACUUCAUCACCCAAGAAACCAACACAAGGGCAACAGAAGGAGAAGGUCAGUGGAUCGAAAGAGAAAGAAAGGACGUGACUUUGGGUCCAGGCGUACUGAUGUUAUUGGAUCCAGCUCAGUUGCUUCUAACAAGCAGGCUAUACAGAAUAAUGAAGACAUUUUCUUUCAUGAAGGAAGAUUUGUUGAUUAUAUAAGUUUUGAUGUCAGUGAUGAAGAAGCCGGAGAGUGCGACUGAUAUGGACACAACCUU